UUAGUUGAGUUGAGCUUCGCUUAUCACUUUUAGAGUUGUUGAUCUGACAAACCUAGACCCAUCAAAUUUGAACAUCAACAAUUUAAAUAGAAAAUAGGUAAUUUUUAUAUCUCAUCUCUAAAUAUUGCUCUGUGUUUUCACCAUCACUUUCACAAUCACAGCCAUAUGCUUCGUUGAAAGAAGAGAUUUACCUUUCAACGGGAAGUGCUGUAUCUGAGAGAAAAUGGAACCAGGGAUUUUUUAACAUGGAAAUAUUUUUGUGGAAUUAAAUUAAAACAUACGUUCUGAAACCCUGGCAAAGCAUGAUUCAAACAGGGGGUUCAACAUUACAAACCCACAAACUCAGCAAUUCGAGCAUUUAACUUACGAUAUGUAUGAAUUUCUCCUUCUUCUUCCCCAACUUGGUUUCUACGCAAGCGAUGAUCGUCAAGGCAAGAAGAAGUGCCCCAUUCUUCUUCGCUGCAUUUUUACAGUUAGUCCACGGAAACGGAGCCACUUCGAUCCAUUUUCGUUUACCUUUCCCUUUUACACACGACGCCGUUUCUACUAUUCCGUGCGAGGAGCCUUAUCCUAUCCAAUCGCUACAAUCUCAAAAAAGAAGCACUAACCGCCAUUUCAAAACCAAUAACGAUAGCUAUCACAGAAUCCAUGGGGAAGUCUCGACAAAGGAAGUCGUUGGGAGAAAUGCCAAUGACGGGUCCGACGAGAAGUUCACUGACAUUAUACAUGAGAAAGUCGUUGGCGAAGGGAUUGCAAAGAUUACAAUUAAGGAAUGCAUUCCGGCCACAGACGAUUAAAGAGCUAAUUCGCGCGUUUAAUGAUGCUAGAGACAGAGACAACAGCUCUGUUGGAGUUAUUAUUGCCAGUAACUAGCUUUACCCGUUAAAAGAUAAAGCAUGAUCGUUAUCCAGAUAUCAAAGCAUGAUCGAUUUCUCUCAAUCGAAUUUCAAUAAAAUUUUAUAGGGAGUUUUACA